AUGCCUCCUAGAAGGACAGCAAGAGCUGUGUCUGGUGCAUCCGCAGUGUCUACCAGUACAGCAGCACCCACUCGAUCAUCACGAACCAAGAAAGUUGUAUCCCCUAUACCUACUCCACAACAAGAUAGUGACGAUGAAAAUAACGCUUCACCCCAAGAACAAUCAGAAGAUGAGGAAGAGGAGGAGGUAAAACCCAAGGUAAAGCGAGGGGCAGCAAGUAAAUCAAAAGCAAAGGCAGCCCUUGCACCAAAGAAAAGAGCUACGAAGAUGCGUGUCUCCGAAGCUGAUUCAACGGUCGGAGCGAAAGAGGAGGAAAUGCCUGAAGACGAAGAGGAAGCUAUAGAGGCUAUAGUUCCUAAGAGCAAGAAGAAUACGGCUGUGGUGGAAAACAAAAAGAAGAAGAAGGUUGUUCUAUCGGAUGACGAGGAUGACGCUGAAGAAGAAUUACAAGAAGCUCUGGCUGGUAGAGAUAGAAGAGCUUCAACAGCUAUACCUCCAACUCCAUCUUCUACACUUGCUACCCCUUCAGCCAACCAUCGAGAAAGGAGUGUUACACCUAAAGCUUCUUUAUCCCAAAUCCCGGAAACUCCUACACCUGCAUCACACGAUCAAGUGAAUGAACAUAGUGAUGCUGAAUCUAAUACGACAGUAAAACUCGAUACACCGUCAAAAGAGCAAAAUCCUUCUUCAUCACGAACCAAAACUCAAACGCAAGGGUAUCCACCUUCGACACCUCCACCGACUAGACCUUCACCACCUCAAAUAUCAGUUGAACCACCACCUGCGCCAACGCCCACAGGCCCUAAACCGAGGUUGACAAUCCAUAAACUCGUUUUGGUAAAUUUCAAAUCGUAUGCAGGUAGACAAGAAAUUGGUCCUUUCCAUAAAAGUUUCUCGGCUAUAGUAGGUCCAAAUGGUAGUGGUAAAAGUAAUACUAUAGAUGCUUUAUUAUUCGUUUUUGGUUAUAGAGCAAGUAAAAUGCGUCAAGGUAAACUGAGUGAAUUAAUCCAUAAUUCAGCUGGUAAAGAAGGCCUAGAGAAUUGUUCAGUGGAAGUAUGGUUUAGAGAAAUCGUUGAUUUGCCCGGUGUAGACAACUUCUUGCUGGUACCCAAUUCACAAAUCGUUAUCUCACGAACUGCAUACCGAAAUAACUCCUCUAAAUACACUAUCAAUGACAAGACUUCUUCUUUCACAGAAGUCACUACCCUCCUUAAAGGCAAAGGUAUUGAUUUGGAUCAUAACCGAUUCUUGAUUCUCCAGGGUGAAGUCGAAUCAAUCGCACAGAUGAAAGCCAAAGCUCAAAACGAACACGAAGAUGGACUUUUGGAGUAUUUAGAGGAUAUCAUUGGGACUACGAAAUACAAAGAACCGAUCGAACAAGCCAAUUCAGAGGUAGAAACUCUGAAUGAGGAAAGAGGUGAAAAGAUGAACAGGUUAAGAGUGGUUGAAAGGGAGAAGGCUUCUUUGGAGGACAAGAAACGUGAAGCGGAAGAUUACUUACGAGAUGCGAAUGAGCUCACUCGAAAGAAAUCUUUGCUAUGGCAACAUCAUAUGCAUACCUUGCAGAAUAAUAUAGAGAUAACCACUAAAGCAAUUGAAAACCUUGAUUCCGAGCUUGGUAAUGAACAAGAACGUAACGCCGACCAUCUUUCUAAAAUCGGUGAUCUACAAAAGGAAUAUGACGAGAAGCUUGCAGCUUUUGAUGAAGUCAAACGAUUAACAGACGCCUUGGUUAAAGACUCGAAGAAGUUUGAAAAAGAGGAAGUUGGUUUAGCUGAGAAGAAGAAACACCUUGUCACCAAGCAGAAGAAGUUCAAAAAGUCUAUUCAAGAGGACGGCCAUGCGAAGUCAGAAGCUCUCUCUGCGAUCGAUAAUCACAACGCCGAUCUCGAUAGGAAUAGAAGUAAAGUAACUGACCUCGAAGAAAAGCUGGAAGCCGAGCAAGGGGAACUUGAGGAAGUUGUCGACAGUCUCAAAGACAAAACUGCUGUAUUCACCAGUGAGAUCGAAAUCAAGCAACGUGAACUCGAGCCCUGGACAGCGAAAAUAAGCGAAAAGCAAUCACUCAUUGAUGUAGCUACUUCCGAAAGAGAUUUGCUUGCUCAAAAAGCUACUUCUAUGCAGGAUUCCUUGAAUGAAGCUAAAGCUAUUCUUCAAGCCUUGAAAGAUGGUGAUGAAGGUAAACAUGAAGAAUAUAAUGCUUUGAAAAAGGAGCAAAGUAAAAUUAAGAAACAACUUGCUGAAGCUGAAGCCAGGUUACAGGAUAUGAAUGCCAGAUCUGAACAAUUACGAAGCAAGGUUUCUGCUUCAAGACACAAGACUGAUGAAGCCAGAGCAUCUCUUGCAGCUGAUAAGAGCGAAAAUGCUGUUUUGGGUAGUUUGAAGAAACUUCGUGAUCAAGGUCGUAUCAAGGGUUUCCAUGGUCGACUUGGUGAUCUCGGUGUCAUUGACGAUAAAUACGAUGUAGCAGUCACUACAGCUUGUGGAGCUCUCAAUAAUCUGGUGGUAGACACAGUCGAGCAAGGUCAAGCUUGUAUCGAACAUCUGCGAAAGGGCAAUGUUGGACGAGCAUCAUUCAUGGUACUCGAGAAAUUACCUCCUAGGGAUUUAGGAAGAAUUGAAACACCCGAAAACGUUCCUAGAUUGUUCGAUCUGAUCAAGCCAAAAGAUCCGAAAUUCGCUCCUGCGUUCUAUAAAGGAUUACUCAAUACUCUAGUUGCUGAUAAUUUGGUACAAGCUCAAAGCAUCGGUUACGGAAAGAAAAGAUGGAGGGUCGUGACUUUAGCAGGUCAGUUGAUCGAUCCAUCAGGAACAAUGUCCGGAGGUGGAGCAAAAGUAUCAAGAGGUGGGAUGUCAUCGAAAUUCUCAGCCGACAAAGUAGCUCCUGAAGUUGUAGCGAGAUAUGAGAAAGAGACGUCUGCUUCAGAAGAAGAGUUAUUGAAUUUCCAGAAUGAGAAGAAAGAAGUUGAAAAAGAGGCCUCAUCUUUGAGAAAGAGAGUGCCGGAGAUUGAGAUACAGUUGGAAAAGAUCGAGUUGGACGUGCAAACUCAACGAAAGAGGAUCGAAGAAGGUGAAAAGAGGUUGAAAGAAUUAUUAUUGCAAUCUAAACCUGAUGCGGCAGAUGAGAAACGAAUCGCAACACUCGAAUCUGAAAUUGCAAGUUUGACAAAAGAGACUGAGAAAUUACGUCAAAAGUCAUCUGGAAUAAGUGAACAGAUCAAGUCUCUCCAAAACAAGAUUUUGGACGUCGGAGGAGUAAGAUUGAGAGCCAUUCAAUCUAAAGUGACGACAACGAAAGGAUUAUUAGAUUUAGCUAAUGAAUCGAUAACCAAAGCUGAAGUUGGACAAGCUAAAUCAUCGAGAGAUUCAGAAAAAUUGACUAAAUCAAUCGAAAAGAAUAAAUUGGCUUUGGAAGAAGUUGAAUCUGAAUUGCAAGUUGUCGAAAAUGAUUUAAUGGCAACUUCGACUGAUCUAGGUAUCAUAAGAGAAAAAGUUCAAGAAGCGAUGGAUGCUACUGAAGAUACAAAAGAUGCAUUACAAGAAAGUAAAAAAGAAUUAGAUGACAAAAUGCAAGGUAUAAACGCUUUCCGUGCUUUAGAAAUGGAUAUCAAGCAGAAAAUAGAAGAUAAUGCUAGAAUACAAAAAGAUAGUAAAGAUAAAUUCAAACAUUGGAGGAAGAGACAUGAAGAAUUGGAACUCGUAUAUAUAGACGAGGAAGAGGAAGAAGAGGAAGAACAAGAAGCAGUUGUGGAGACACCCGCUAAAUCCAAUGAAGGUGAUGCUGCUGCUGCCGACGUCGAAGGGGAAGGAGAGGGAGAAGGCGAGGAAGGGCAUGCUGGAAGUGCAAAGAAACCAAUCAAGAAGAGAAAAGAGAACUCUACUGAAUUAGUUGAAUAUUCACCUGACGAAUUGCGAGAGGUCGAUAAGGAACUGUUGAACGCUGAGAUCACUGAGCUUGAAGAGGAAAUCGGAAAAGCUAGGCCAAACCUGAAUAUCUUGGCUGAAUAUCGAAAAAGAGAAGCUGAAUUCCUUGAUCGUGCAAGAGAUAUGGAAGCCGUUACGAACGCACGUGAUUCAGCCAAGAAAAGAUAUGAUGAUUUGAGAAAAGUCAGAUUGGAUGAAUUCAUGAGUGGUUUCACGGCUAUCAGUUCUAAGUUGAAGGAGAUGUAUCAGAUGAUUACUAUGGGUGGUAAUGCCGAAAUCGAAUUGAUAGACAGUAUGGAUCCAUUCUCUGAAGGUGUGGUACUAUCUAUCAUGCCUCCUAAAAAAUCUUGGAGAGCCAUUGCGAAUCUCUCAGGAGGAGAAAAGACCCUCGCUUCACUCGCUUUGGUAUUCGCGUUACAUGUCUUCAAACCCACUCCACUGUACUUCAUGGAUGAGAUUGAUGCAGCAUUGGAUUUCAAGAACGUUUCCAUUGUGGCCAAUUACAUUCAAUCGAAAACCCAAGCUGCUCAAUUUAUCGUCAUUUCAUUGAGGAAUGAUAUGUUUGAACUGGCGCAUCGAUUAGUAGGAAUCUACAAGACCUCCAAUUGCACAAAAUCAGUAGCAAUAGAUAAUAAAGAUCUCAGACUUCAAGCUAGACCUAAACGACCACCUGGAGUACCACCGACUCCAAAUAGAAUACCUCCGACUCCAGGAAGGACGAUCAUGUCUACUCCGACGCCGAUGCUGAAUAGGAUGCCUCAAACUCCAAGCACGCAGAUCAGGACGAAAGAAGAUAAUAUACCCAAUACGCCGAGCACGAUAAUCGCCUGA